GACAAGAAUGGAAAUGAUUAAGCCAAUCCAUAUUUAAGAUUUAAAACUUAGGAGAUGCAUCUCCUUUUCCGCUGGGAAUCAGGAAAGUCAGUGACUUAGACUCAAAGUUUGGGACCAGGCCAUUUCCGGAGGCUUUGAAAUAAUCAGGAAAAAAAUGACCUAAUUAGCAACGAGAGUUGAAGACAACCUGGUGCAGAUUUGCUGCCGGUUACUUUCCAAAUUCAACUGUAAGGAGGACACAUGCAUCGGCGCACACAGCAGUUCUCAGUGUUUACCAGCCCGGCCCUUCCCUUCCUGCCUUUCGCCCCGGUCCUCCAUGGAUUCCUACAGCCUUCAUUUUGAGAGAAUGAGAAACGUGGAGUUGCAUCAUCUGAGCCUGCCUGUCAGCCGGCUUUCCCCAGCCAAAUCCCACAGCAGCAUCGUCGACCAGCUAGCCCACCACCAGCACGGCAAAGGAGAUUCCGCCUACAGCUCCUUCUCCGGCGGGUCAACAGCCCCGGACUACCCCUCUCCCUUCCUCCCAGACGACCUUCAGUCCAGCCCCUUCGGCCACUAUGCUGAUUUCAAGUAUGUGAAGUCCAUUUACAGCCCAAACCCGGUACUGCAGUCUGACUCAAAGACCAUGGACCAGCUCUUCCGCUCUGUGGAGGCCAUUUCACAGCAGUACAACAGCAGCGCCGUGGUGAGCCACCACAACGGCAGUGAGGCCUUCCACACCCACAGCAGAGCUCUCAAACAGGAGAGGCAUUCGGGCACUCCCUCCCAGAGCGCUCACCCUUCUGUCCAUCCUCCCCCAGUCCCAACACGCCUCGACAGUUUUAUAGCCACUAAAAACUUGGAGAACAGCAGGGUCCACCACCACCACGGUACUGAAUUCCAAACCCAGCAGCCCCAGCCUCAACAGCAGGCCAGACCCCACAGUCGGCAGCCCUCGGGCAGCCCGAGUCCCUCCAAACCCGACCCGGGAAGCCCGAGCCCCACCUCUGAGCCGGUGUACUCGGUGUGGAGGGGCUCCCAGCAGCAGCUGGACCAGGCUCCCAACCCGCCGAGCUACAGAACCCACCUGCAGUGUCACGACCAGGCCAGGCUGACGCCCGAGUACGCGUCGGUCGUCGAUAACAAAGCCGCGCCCGAACAGCCCAGGUCCGCCAACCCCCUCGGCCGAUCGGCCGCCCGGGCCCGAAGCCAGUCGGAGCACCUCAUGCUGAAUCAGAACCACGGCGGCGGCGAGUGCAACGGGGAGCCUCACAACAAGGCCGGUGCCGGCGGCCAUUAUGAAUGUCUGCGCAGAAGGACGCGCUCGACCCACAAUCAGCGCAGCUCCGAGCCCCCCCGGGCCUCCAGCCCACGCUUCGUCAGCAGCAUUCAGCACAAGGGCCAGUUCUACUUCGUCACAGGAGUGUGUGCGCUGUCCGAGUCCGGGGCUAGGACACACUCUGCGUCCGUGAGUGGAACUGAGGGUCGAAGCGAGGUCUCCCCCCUGUUAGAGACCCACCGGCAAAGAGAAAGGGAGAGAUCCCACAGCACAAUGGAGAAUUUGUUCAGACCUCUUACCGAGAGUUCUCGAUUUUCCGGUAAUGUCACUCCAGACGACAGAGGGGCUUUGGCCUACGUGUCCCAAAGAAAGGACAAGAACCCGGACCAGGAAAAUCACAGACCGCCCCUCAUCGUGAUCCAGUCCGCCGAAAGCCUGGAGUCCCUGGAAGAAAUCGACAUGACGCAGAGUCGAGAGAUCGGCCGCCACACUGCUGCUAAUCCCAUUUUCUACUGCGGACCCGACAGAACCUGCCCGCCACAGUCAGCCCCUCACAAAAAGGGGGCCGCGUCGCCGGUCGGCGGCGACCAGCUCAAACACAACAAGAGGGAGGAUCCGGCCGGCCGGGAGAAGUGGCAGCCCCUGAUGGACGUCGCCAACGAGAGAAUAAACAAAGAAACAACCCCACUGCUGUAUCACCUCACCGGAGCCAGCCGGAUGGCGCUGCAGCCCAAGAAGGAUCUGGGUUACAGUAUAACGGGACAGGAAGCCCUCCUAAACAAACCCGCCCAAGGAGACGCCGUAGCGAACGACGAGAGACCUCCCCAAUGCGACCCCAGCAAAAGCAGCAGAAGGGACGGGACUUCGUCGGCCUGCAACACUCUGGACGACUCCUUCAAAAAGUACUACAAAGAGAAGCUGAAGGAUGUCCAGAGCAAGGUUCUGAGGGAGACCUCGUUCAAAAGGAGGGACCUGCAGCUGUCUCUGCCUCAGUGCAUGCAGCAGAAAGCAGAGCCCGGGCCGGCGGCCGCUCACUCCUUCUCCUCCUCACAGGACUCCGAGACCUCCACAGACACCCUCACCCCUUCCCUGACCCCCGACGAGACCAAGAAGGGGAGCCCGAAAGAAGAAGUCAGGGCGAGCCGGAACGAGGCGGAUAAAGAGACGGAGAAGGAAAACGGGCGGCCGACAAACGUGGCCCAGCCCCAGGUGGCCCGCAUCGGGGGCCGGAAGAGGCUGACCCUGGAGCAGAGGAAGAUGUGCUACUCCGAGCCGGAGAAGCUCCACCAGCUCAGCGGCGGCUUCCACCACGCCGCCUGCUCCUCGCUGGGCAGCGAGAGCGACGGACCGUUCGCCGGCGAGAGCGACGGAGAGGAGCUGGUGCAGCCGGGGGAGCGGGGGCUGGUGGCGGCGCGGAGGAAGAUGUUCGAGAGGAGGGGCCGGGCCCAGUCGGCCUCCAGCGCCUCCAAGACCAACCUGAAGCACCUGCAGCACAAGGCCCUGGUGGAGUACAUGGAGCGCAAGACGGGCCAGAAAGUGCCCGAACCCCAGCAGCCAGCACCUCAGCAGCCCCCCCCGCCCAGACAGAGGCACUCCCUGGGGGAGAGGCCCUUCGACUGGGGGCCGCGGCCUUCAUCAGGAAGUCACGAAGGCAAAAAUGGCAAGAGGAAGCUCCACAGACCCCACUCAGCAGGUCGCAUCCUGGAUUCCUCCAGCAGCUCUGUCAGAUACAAUCAGUUCUUCUCAGCGAAGUCCUGCUCAGCCCAGUACGACGGCCAUCAGAAUUCAUCCAGACUGAGGGAGAGUCGUGGUCCAUCUCAGGGAAAGGCCGCUUCCGUGGAGAGUCUUUUGGACCAGCCAGAACCACCUACUUUCUUCAGGACCCGAUCCACGUCCACGCCGCACGCAUUUCAGGCACAUGACUAUGAGGAGGAUCCUCCUCCACCUAACGCCAUGGAAACCUCAAGCUCCCAGAAGAAUGCAUCUGAUGAAUCCUCUGAGGUUCCCCGGUACGUCCGUGUGGUCGCCCAGAGAGGGAAGUCGAUGGAGGAGCUCGGAGCAUCGAAGCUAACUAAAAUAUCAGCCUUGAGUAAAAGUUCCGAGCAGCUGGAUCAGCUGUGGAGGAAUUCACCCGGGCCCGUCGGACCACGGGCAGAUGAGAGGAGCGCUCCAGACUUUGCCGACGUGAGGAAAGCCAAGCAGCAGGAGAGAGGGCAGAGCAAGCAAACGGGAAAAGAACCAGAGACUGUGAUUCCGAAGACCGCUCAGGGACAGACUCAAAACCAAACCCCGAGGAAAACCCUCAAGAAGCAGCGCUCCGAGCCAGGGGCGGACGCGGCCAGAGAGCGGAGCUCCGCCAGAUCCAACUCCCUCCCCUCCAGCUCCUCUUCCGGUGCCGGCGCUCACUCGGCCUCUCCCGGAUCCCACGGCCCCUCCACAGAUGAGAUCAGGACCAGAAGAGCACUCAGCGAAGGGGCUUCCAUCCCACCUUCCCCCAAAGGUCAAGAGAUCAGCGAGAUGGAGAUCAAAUUCACCCAGUCCACACCCAUCCACACAAAGCCGCCUUGUGAGGACACAGUCUGCACCAGAGUUGGGACCUCUCCCCCCGUGACCGGAUCAGAGGGGGAGCAGACGGAGGCCGAACCUCGUUGUGACGCCCCGCCCCCCGACCCCAGCCACGAAGUGCCCCUGAGCUGCGGCGUGACCACCGAUCCCUCGCUGUGGAGCCUCCCCCCACAACAGGAGACCAAUGAGGAGCUCAAGUCUCCGCCGCUUACAGACGCUUUCGACGAGCCCGCCGCCUUAGCCCCUCCGAAACAGAGGAGCGAGCCCCCCGCCUCUCCCCGGACAUCCGUCUCCGACGCGGACGCCAGCCGGCAGGCCCAAGAGCCAACGGCCCCGGAAACCGAAACCGAUGAGGGAGGAACGGAGGAGUCGGAGGGCAGGGCAACACCGGGGGGAGAGACGGGAAGUCCCGACCAGCCCGCCAGGAAACCGCAGUGGGAGGAGCUCGUAGAGGCAGUGGUCAAAGCCGACCACUCCCUGGCCAGGGUCCUGUAUCCGCUGGCCAAUCGCAGGACGGCGCUGAUGCUGAUGGAGCAGCUGCUGUCGGAGGACACCCUGCUGAUGGAGGAGCACUACAAGAAAAAACAGGAGCAGCACGGAGCUGCAGAGAGCACUGAAACGGCGGAAGGAGCCGAGCCAUCCUCUUGUCCUCCCGCUGCUCCCGACGGCCAGAAGCCUCAGAGCGCAGACCCGCAAAGCAAAGCUGACUUCGCUGAAAAGAAGCACCUGUUGGCGUCCCUCAUCCAGGAGCGGCUGCGCUCCCUGGAGGAGCGGCGCGGCGACCUGCAGGCGGAGGUGCAGGAGAACGCGGCGAGCGGCGAGCGGCUGGCGGCGCUGGUCCGCCAGCGCUGCCAGCCCGUGGAGGCCGAGCGCUACGGCCUGUUCAUCGGAGACCUGGAGAGGGUGGUCAGCCUGCUGCUGUGCCUGUCGGCCCGCCUGGCCCGGGUCCAGAACGCCCUGAGCACCGUGGACCAGCACACGGACGCCGAGGAGAAGGAAUCUCUGGACAGCCGCCACCGUCUGCUAUGCAAACAGAGGGAGGACGCCAAAGACCUGAAGGACAACCUGGACCGCCGGGAGAACCUGGUGGCCUCCUUCCUGUCGAGGCAGCUGUCCCCGGAGCACCUGCAGGACUACCGGCGCUUCGUGCAGACCAAGGCCUCGCUGCUCAUCCGGCUGAAGGACCUGGAGGAGAAGCAGAAGCUGGGAGAGGAGCAGCUGGAGGCGCUCUCCAACAGCCCGUGAGACCAGGAGGAGGAGGAGGAACGGAAGCCUCGGAUGUUUGUUUUUUUCUCUCUCAGAUGGAGGAUGUCUAGUUUUAAGAGUUCGCUUCUUUUUUUUUUCCCCGACACUUUUUAUCAGCUCAGUUAGCCUGAAAGAAUCGGGCCCUUUUGCACCCAAUCAUGACUUUUAGCCUUUUAAAGAAGAAUGAAGCAAAAAGAGCUACAGAAUGUCCCUACGACGUUCCUCUGCCCCCCUUUGUGAGUACAGUCGGGGCAGGAGGUGAUCGGGACUGACCGAAAACGUGUUCCGCCCAGCAACCGAAACAGACACGAACGCUCCCCGUGCCUUGGUGUCCCCCUGGCUGCUGAACGCUUAAAGUUAGAGCUGCUGUGCAGAAAACGUCUAGCAAUUCAGAGCAUGUCCUUCACUUUUCACUACAGAGUAGUCCUUCCUUCAGCCCUGCCCCUGUGGAAACCUACUAUAAGCUUUAAGAUUGUAUCUGAGCAGCGAGGGGGGGGCUUCCGGAGCCUAACAGCGGGUGGAGUACUGCAAGUAAAAUGUACAAUAGAUGUAGAUAUUUUUUUGUUGUUGUUUGUUUUCUAAUAGUCUUAUUUUUAAAAUGUAUUUCAAAUCGAGGCACUAAAACCAAAAAAAAAAGGUGAAUGGAAAAAAAAAGCACUUUGUGAAGAUACAUAACUGCACAUUUCUUCGAAUCAGAUUUCAAAUCAUUUCGAGUCAGAGCCUUAAUCCAUCCAUUUAAGGAGCGUUCCGUUUUCCGGUUUGUUGCUUUCCUCGUCCAUCUGAAAUAGGAAGUCUGUCUUUUACAGCUGGAGCUUUUCCUGAAGCUCUUUCACGCAGAUUAUUAGUGAGGAAAAACGACAUGGGAGUAUUCCCUCCCCUCCGGUCCUUUUGCUGCAUGAGUGACAUGUAAUACUUGAAAUGUUUUUUUCUUGUUUGUUUUUUUUUUCCUACCUGAUUGGAGGAAAGCCCACAGUCUUCACUGAAGGUGUCUUAAACUAAAUUUCAGUCUUCUACCUCCACAGCUUAGGCCCUUUAGACGCAUGAAAAGUUGAGGUUUCUUUAAAUUUACACAGCUUGUGGGGUUUUUCGGGUUUUUUGUUUUUUAUCCAAACAAAGAAGCGCUCUUCUUGAAAAUACACACUUGAAUUAAACACCACCGCCCCCUCCGCUUUUUUGUAUCUUAACAAUAUUUGUGAUUAGAGGUUGUAUCUUAGGUCCACUCAUUUCCUGUGUAAGACCUGUUGAGGUCUGAAUGCUGCACGUGAUGUUUACCUAACAAUGAGCACAAAGAGCAUCCUCUGCAGACGGUUUUUCGGCAGAAGUUAGAAUCCCUUUUUUCCGUUUCAGAUUUUUUUUCACUCUUUUUUUUUUUUCUUUUUUUUUUAAAAUUCCUUUUUGUCCACCAGCCCGAAAAAACACAACAUUUCUCUGGAGGUUUUUAACCCCAUCCGUCUCAGUUUGCUAAACAAACGUCUGCUUGUUUUGGCCCCCGUGCUGACACAGGGCCCCAGGGGGGGGGCUGGAAAAGACUUAAGGCCGUUUCCCCCAGCUCGCUGGAAUUCCGGAGGUAUGCGAGAGACCCAGGCUGUGGACAAAAAGAGGACGCUGGGGGGGGUGAGAGGAGAGAGGAGAAAGCCUCCCCUCCCUCGGCGGGGCGUAAAUAAAUGCCAGUGCUCCUUUUCCUCCUCGUAAUCAAAGCAGUGUUUUCCUGCUGUCACAGGAGGAAUUCUCUCAUCCCGGGGACACCGACACGACCCGAACGCAAAGCCCAUCAGGAGAAAAAAGGGCUUUUCAGCCCAUGGGUCCACGAUAACCACGGUAUUUCACACCCACUUUCUCUGGAGAGUUGCUGUUUUGUGCCUGUGUGGGCUUUUAAAUUCCAUGUCGUUUUUUGUGAUAUUGUGAAUAAAUUAAGCUCUCA